AGCCAGUAGAUCUUAUCCAGACCAGCAUACACAUGCUGCUAACUGCUGGACCCCACAAGCUAUACACUGUCACGCCAAAGAACAUGAACCCUAACUUUGAACGGACUUUGCAUUUCAUGGCAGCUACCAGUAUGGAUUCGCAGCUCAAAGCAGGCAGCACCAGCGCUUCUGAUGCAGUUGUUGCAUCACUCUAUCCGUCCCUCGAGCACUGGACAUCAACAUCUUUUCAAAGUCCAACCAGUCAUGAAGUAUUGAGUGUAUCGUCUCUGGUCCCUUCCACAGUCAUCACACUCAUGCCUCACUAUAAACCCUCAGCGAAUGAAAACUUAUACCAAGAGCCUCCAUCUUGUUAUAAAGUAACCCCAGAGCCUCAACUUUCAGGAACUUCCUCUUCUCCCUUUGGUUCCUCAGAACCUCAAGAUCAAAAAACCCUGCCUUCACCACUUCCCUGUGCUGAUAAUCCCCAGGUAGUACAGCAGAGGAAACCGUCAGAUGGAGGCCCACUGGAGGAGGGAUCAGUAGUUCUCAUGAUACCCAAAACUGAUGAAGAACAAGACUCAGUGCCUCAAGCCUGCUCCUCCCGUGAGCUGCUGCAGAUUGUGAGCUUCCUUAUCAUCAUCAAGCUGGUCAUCGCCUCUGCUCUCUUAGUCAAGUUCCUGGUAUUCCCCUCUGAGUUUGGUGAAUCGUCUCCUCUCUGUGGCGUGAAGGGAAACUGCAGUGUACCAACUCAGCCGCCUUUUCUGUCUAAGAAUCCAGUGAACCAGACAGACAACAUCGGUGCAGAAUGCCCAGUUCUGCUCAGUGAUGGCCGGCGUAUUGUUGGGGGGACGUUGGCAGCCAAGGAGAAGUGGGUCUGGCAGGUCAGCAUGCACUGGAGAGGGAAGCACGUCUGUGGAGGUGCCAUCAUCUCCCCUCGCUGGGUCAUCACUGCAGCUCACUGCUUUGUUGAGAACAACAUGCUUGCAGUGGCUGACUGGUUGGUGGUGGUGGACACAGUCAGCAUCGCAGACAACUCUCUGGGGAAACGCUACAGAGCACUGCAGGUCCUCUACCACCCUCGCUUCAACAGAUACAACAACGACUAUGACGUGGGCCUGCUGCGCACCAUCACUGACAUGGACAUGACAGGUGGGGCACGACCGGUCUGUUUACCCAGUCCGAGCGAGUCCUUUCCUCCUGGAGCAGCCUGUUGGAUCACAGGCUGGGGAUUUAUCCAUGAAGGAGGCUUUGUGUCAGAUGAGCUAAGGCAGGCUCAGGUCAAGGUAAUAUCUCAACCCGUCUGCUCCCACCCAAGCGUCUACGGCAUGUACCUAACUCCUCGGAUGAUUUGUGCUGGCACCAUGGACGGAGGCGUGGACUCCUGCCAGGGAGACAGUGGUGGACCCCUGGUGUGUGAGACAGCCAGUGGGGACUGGAGGCUGGCCGGGGUCGUGAGCUGGGGGGAGGGAUGUGGACGGCCCAAUAAACCAGGCGUCUACAGCAGAGUGACCCAACUGAUCACCUGGGUUAAAGGACAUAUGGAGGACAAACCAGAGGAAUUGGAGACCACAACGGCCGUUACCGACACCUCACAAGAACCUGACGCUUAUAACUGA